AUGAUUCAUGGUGGGCCUUUUGCCGACUCCGCUGCGUCUUGUCCGCAGACGAAGAUCGCACCUCGCCGAAGAGGACGCCAAGCCAUGACGGACCGCGGAACGGUACUAUGGUCGGUGGUUGGUACAAUUGAUGGUGCCAACCGUCGCAUGGGUAACCGACGAGCAGCGAGUCUUGUCAUAGAACAUACUAUUAUUCCAUGGUCUUGUGGAAGACGUGAUUAG